AUGCCGAAAAACAAAGGAAAAGGAGGUAAAAACAGGAGGAGAGGAAAGAACGAGAAUGAAACUGAAAAACGUGAGUUAGUUUUCAAAGAAGACGGUCAGGAGUACGCCCAAGUCACAAAGAUGCUCGGUAAUGGCCGCUUGGAGGCCAUGUGCUUUGAUGGCAUUAAACGUCUCUGCCACAUCAGAGGGAAACUUAGGAAAAAGGUUUGGAUAAACCAAGGAGAUAUUAUAUUAAUUGGUUUACGAGAUUAUCAAGACGCCAAGGCUGACGUCAUAUUAAAAUAUACACCCGAUGAAGCAAGGAACCUUAAAACUUACGGUGAAUUCCCAGAGACUGUACGUAUUAAUGAAACGGUUGUUUAUUCCGUGGAUGGUUUGGAUGAAGACAUUGAGUUUGGAGAUGAAGUCAGCUCAGAUGAUGAAGCUGAUCCUGUUGAUGCAGUCUAA